GAAAUAUGACGCAAGCACGUUCACAGAUACACACCAGCUGGGAAGCGUAGCUGGAGGACGCAUGUGUAAACAAGUUUUUAUUGUAAAUUAUUUUAUAGGCAGAUAUAUCAGAUCCUAAACCACGUCAGGAGGCUAAUGAAUUAUUUCUUUAUUAUGCAGUGAAUUUAUUAUUCGUUGAACGACCACACAGUCUGGUGCAGCCGUUGGUAAUAAGCUAACAUGACUGCUAGCUGACAGCAUUAGCCCCGUCGGUGGCAGUGAUGGAUCCGUUGAGUAUAGUUGAGGAUGAAGUGGCUUUGGAGGGGCUGGACGGGAUAACUAUUCCUACUUUGUGGAUACGACUUGAAGAUAGAAAGCCCAAGUUUCCCCUGAAGCUCGACGAUGGCACCAAGGAGCUUAUCUGGAGGUCACUUAUCAGCAACACCGACCUGAAGUUCUACCAACUCCCACAAGAGAGAGAAGAUGUUAUACUGUAUGACAGGUAUAAAGAAACUGAUUCAGAAGGGGGGACUGAAACCGCAUCAGGGUUUUCUGACACAAAGAAAGAUGUCUACCCGGUCCAAAUUGUUCCUGAAAACAAGGAUGGGAUACAGGGCUCGUGUGCCUUGUUCAAAGAGAGGAGAGACAUCACAAAGCUCGUCCGCUCCAAGUCUGUCACCCCGUUGGUGAGCCUGGAGGAGGCUUUGAAAAGAUACGGGCGAAAGCUUGUAGUUGUGGCGUCUCAGAAGCUGCGAUUUCGGACUCUGAUUGGUCCUGAGAGCGAUCCUGAUUUGAAACUCACCGACGACUCUUACUGCGUGUUGGAACGAGUGGGCCGAGCACGCUGGCAGGGGGAGCUACAGAGAGACCUGCACGGGUCCUCCUUCAAGAUCGAUGCUCGAAAGUUGCACUACAUGAGGAAAUCUCUUGUUAGACAUGGACUUAUCAGCAUGCAGUCUCAAGCCACACGACUGAAUUCAGGACAACAGCAACACUCCAUCCUUCUGCUGCUCAAACGCUUCCACAUCAACAGGAGGACAAAGUACGACAUCCUGAUGGAGUACGUGUCCAACCAUCUCCAGCAGUCACCUGGCCAGAUCGCCACUUUGAUGGCGCUCAGAGAACAACUUAAUGUGAGUGAUUGUACUUUUAAGCGUGUAUUUCACUACAUGCGAACUGCGAAGUUGGUGGAGUUUUGCCGUUACCCUCUGGAGGACUUGGAGCCCACCGGCGGGCCUUGCCUCGACAAAAAAGGUAACAAAGUGCUCGUGCGCUGUUUGAAACUGUUAAAGCCAUACACAAAGAAGGGCGUUACUGAUGAUGAUGACGAUGAGGACGAGGAGGAAGAGGAUGAAACUGGAGCGAGACUAAGAUCUUUCCCUCCGCUGGGGCGGAUCAUGGAGAAAGAUUUCCUGUCGCAGGCCUAUCAUCUCGUUUUAUCCUGUGGUACAAAGGGAAUCGCUCAGAGUAGUUUAGGGGUCAGAAUGAACGUCGGAAAGCUGGAAUCUCGUAUGCUCUGCCGAAAGAUGGAGAGGGAUGGUACGAUCAAGGGAUUCAUGGAGGAUGAGGGUCGGCAGAGGACUACGAAAUUUAUUAGCCAUAAGUUCGUGGGUGUGAGUGAUCAACUUCAGCUGGUUGCUAAGGAGCAGGAACGCAAGAAGCUGCUCUACUCUUCUGCACCACAGACAUCAAGCGCCGCAUCCGCUUCCCUUAAAACACCGUCGACCUCAAAGUCGACAGCAAAGGAAAACACCAGAACUCCAGCUGCAAAGAAGACUCAGAAAGCAGGCAGAGAUAAAGAGGAGGAGGAAGCUGGGGAGAUGAGUUUUGAUAGAUCGGAUGCGGGUGAUGAAGUGUUGGAUGGAGACGGAGUUAAAGCAAGAGGAAAGUCAGGAGCAGGAAGAAAGACGGCAGGGAAGAAAGGCAGCGUGACAACGAAACAGACACAACCUGAGACCUCCAUCAUACAACCUACUACCGCUGAAUGUGAAACCCCAGCUGGGACCAGUAUGACAGCUGACUCAGUGUCUGAUCUAAGAUCAGAGCAAGCUCCGGUCGAGGAGGAGGAAAGGUCCAACUCAAAACCGUGCAGUCCUUUCCUUCAGAGUGAAGCAUCUAACGAAGCCAAUAAGUCAACAGAAAACAACAUUGUGGUUGUUGAAGAUGUUUAUCAGCGGAAGGCGUCCAGGAGUAAAAAAUCCAGAAGAGCUAUCGAGAGGUCUCAUGAGACCUACCGCCUCUUAAAGAGGAAGAACCUGAUUGUUGAGGCUGUGCGCAGCUUGAAAAUCAUAGAGGGCCUUUUCCCGCUUCAGAAGAUGAUUAAUGACGAAGAGAAGCAGGAUGGAGUCAGCUCAAAGUGCUGCAAGAAGACUAUUUUACGUCUGGUCCACUGUCUGGCGAGAGAGGGCUUGCUAAAGAUUUACACGACCACUGUCAUACAGGACGGGAUCACCAAGAAGAUCGAGAUGAUCGUCCAUCCGUCCGUUCAGCCCAACGAUGACAUAGUAACCCGAGUUAUUGAGCAGGUCCGCUUCAAAAUCGCCAGUUCGUACACAGCUAUACGUAUGCAGAACGCUGAAGGGAAAACCAGAGAAGAAGAAAAAGAGUCCGAGGAGACGAGCGCCAACGCCUCUAAAACCCAGAGAAGCAAGGCUGAAAAAAAGAGAGCGCUCAGUAAAGACGAGGAGGAGUUCAGACCCACCCCAGUUCGAGGAUUAGGGAAGACAUUAGGCUUCCAACCUAAGAUGCAUCGUCUGCGUGUUAUUCAUAACUUCCUCUCGUAUGUGAUCUAUGGACACCCGUGCCAACACAAGUCAACCGGAUCUGACCUGUCCAGUCAAACACCGACUCCCCCAAACAGCUCCAAUCAGUCAGGCACCAACAAAAACAUACAAAACUCCAGAAACACAGACGGACAAACUCGGUCAUCUGAAAACGCUGCCAGCGGCUCUGCGGACCCACAAACUGUAGAUUCUACCGUGUCUAAUGUGACAUCAGGCGAUGAAAAGGAGGAGCCGAAGGAUAAAUCGACAUCUGGUCACUUUCUGUCUGACAUGAAAGUGUAUUCAGAGGAAGAGUCGUGGAAGAGAUUCGUCCCUCCUGUUCGCAUACACAAGGAGUUUGGCAGCGGCUGGGCGAUGGUGGGCGACCUGCUUCUUUGCCUUCCUCUGUCCAUCUUCAUUCAGGUCGUACAGAUCAAUUAUAAGGUCGAUGGACUGGAGGAAUAUCUGAACGACCCUGUGAAGCAGCACCAUCUCGUCAGAGCGCUGCCCGCCAGAAUGAAAAGACAGCUGCUUUAUAAACGGAAAUACAUCUUCACUUUCCAUGAGAACCUGCAGAGGUUGGUCUACAUGGGUCUGCUGCAGUUUGGUCCAGUGGAGAGAUUCAAGGAGAAAGACCAGGUGUUUGUGUACCUGAGGCGCAACGCCACAAUCGUUGACACCACCAACGCCGAGCCUCACUACUGGCUGGUCACGGAGUCACCUGACAAAUCAUUUGAGAGGCGUCAGUACACGUUCAGCACUGCCGAAGAUGUAGAAAACUACUGGUUUGACCUGAUGUGUGUCUGCCUCAAUACACCACUGGGGGUUAUCCGCAAUAAGAGAAACGUCACAGACGAGGAAGCGGCUCCUUCCUUUGUGCAUGAACGCAACGUGUUCGUAGGACUGGCAUACCUGCUCAAGGGCAGUUGGGAGGUGUGUGAUGACGGGUCGAUACCAGGUGACGGUAAAGGAGCAGGAGGUCUGGACUCUGAAUUCUUCGCUCAUCUGAAACGCAACUGGUUGUGGACAAAUCACCUUCUUUCUGUCAAAACGAAACCCAGUGGUUCAGAGGCGAAGGAGACCAAAAUCAGACUGAAGAGCCUCCUGAGUAAAAACGCUCUCAGGAUGGCACUUAAAGCUGGAGGAUCUACUUCACCUCGUUAUGUGACUGCCAAACGAUCACUGGUCAGACAAGAAAAUAUUGAGGUGGCUAUUGAGCCUGCUUCCAGAAACCAGCAGGUGGUCGGAGGAAAGCGACAGAAGAGAAAGAGAAGCAGAAAGGAGGUUAUCAGGGCCCCACGCAAGAAGAAGAAAGAGCCCAAGAAACGCACCCCGGCUCAUGACGAGGUGGACCACCGAGCUUUGAAGAUGAUGACCAGACAGCGAGUCUACUGGUCUGUACAGGAAGACUCGCUGAUGAUGCUCUGCAGCGUGGCCUCACACCUGCUCAACAGCCAGUUAAAAAGGCCGUUCAUACCUUACUGUGUGGUAAGAGACCUGCUCCAUGCAGAGUUUGAGAUAUCGAUGGAUAAAACAUCUGUCGCUGUCGGACGUCGCACACGAUACAUCCUCAAGAAUCCUCAGACGCUUCUGAACUACAGGAUCUGCCUGGCGGAGGUGUACCAGGACAAAACUCUGUUGAAACUGUUGGAAGAGAACAAACCUGCUGAUCCUGAUAAACCAGAGGAUUGUGCUAAAGCAUUCUCGGAGUAUGCAAGGCUGCUCAGACUGAAGUUUUGCUCUGUUAUGAGCGCUUCUGAUAUGAUCAUGUCUGACACGAAACAACAGCUCUUUUCAAGGUUUAAAGUUUGCACAAUAGACAACAGAAAACAGAUGUCAAGCAAAGACACUCUGACCUGCACAGAUGACAUUCAUGCCAUAGUGUUACAUAAUGUGAUCCAGAGCACUCUGGCCAUGACCAACAGUCAGAUGAAGACCUCCAGAUCCUUUCAGACUUUCCAUAUGUACAGUAAGUAUAAUCAGGAGCUGCUGUGCCAGGUAUUCAUACAAUGCAGGAAGAGGGGUCUGGUCAACCGCCGUCGUGUCAAUCAGCCCUUCGGGCCCAAGAAGAACCGGGCUCUGCCCAUCCUGCCCAUGUCCUACCAGCUGUCUCAGACCUACUACAGGUGUUUCUCAUGGCGUUUUCCUCACUCGCUGUGCACCGAUUCCUUCCGCUUCCUGCGGACUCUACUUAACAACAGGACAGACAACAGGACGGAAAACAACAGACCUGCCAUCGCUUUCUACCAUGAGACUGAAAACAGGACAGAGGACGGGGAGGUAGUGACGGAGAGAAGAGCGCGGUCCGAAAGAAAAGAAAAAGAGAGCGAGAGAAAGAAAGAUAACAAACCAGCGAGUGAACCGGAAGUACAACCUGAGAAGUCAAGCAGCGACUCUGCAAAGAAAGGAGACGACAACCAGAGCAAAGGGGAAGCAGACACGGAGCUGGAAUCGAACGAUGAAAAAACUCGCCUCACCGCUGGCUCUGCUGAAGAUCCAUCCACCGGAGAGCAGACAGACAAUCAGCAAGCCAAAGAGAAGCAGCUGAGUGUUGCUGCCGCCUCGAACGCAGCGGCUCGAGGUUUAGAGGAGCUUACAGAUGUGUCCGACAUGAUGCCGUUCUCUAUGGACUCUCCGGGGGGAGCCUGCGUGGUCUCUCUCAGCCUGAUGACUCUGGGACUGCUGUCUGUGUAUCUGUCCAUACCUAAACAGAUGGUGGUGGUGGACAGCAACCUGGUGGACAACGAUGUAGUGAAGAGUAUGGCAGCACUGGAGGAAGAGGACGAUGAUGACGACGACGGUGAGGAAUGUGAGGGCAAAAAGAGGAUGGAAGUGAAGGCCCAUCAAGCGUCACACACCAACUACCUGAUGAUGCGAGGAUACUGCUGUCCUGGCAUAGUUAAACUACGUAACCUCAACACCACUGACAACAUCGUGGUGGAGUCCUGUAUUAUAAGGUUGCAGCUACAAAAUACACCUGCCCACCAUGUGUUCAGUAUGGAGAAUUCUCCACCACUUGAUUUGUCCAAAUGUGGUCCGUCUCUGCUGCCCUCCAUCCUCAGCGACACUGUCUGUUCCUCCUCCACUUUUCCACCCAGCGUGGAGGAGUGUGACCGGCGUUUGAUUCGGCAGAAAAGCUACUCUCCUCAGGAUAUUGAAGCUUGCGCUCAGCUGAGAAGGAGCUUGGAUGAAGCCGGUGAGAAAGGGCUGGAUGUGCACGACUUAUACCAGGUUCACGCACACCUGGAGGAGCCACAGUCUGGAUGCAGCAGGAGCCUGCAGCAGUAUAUGAAGGACUUACAAGAAGAAGGCCAGGUGUUAAAAGUUGGGAGUUUGGGUGUUCGUUGGGUGCUCAUGCGGCACGCUGACCCGUGGCUUCUGACUGUAAACUCCAAACAGUGGUCCCAGUCACGCUUAACAUCUGGCAGACUUCCCUUUUUGGAGAACCAGCACAACAUCCCCUUCAUGCGCAAGAGAUGCAGGCGAGAAGUCCGACAGGAGACAGAGGAACCGCCAGCAAAAAAAUCAGCUAUGGACAGACAAGAGGGCGAGCACAGAGAGGAUGUAGAUGGAUUAUCAAGCAGCACAAAAGAAAAAAUUAAUGAGCAGGAACAGCUGGAACAGAAUGAUAAGGGGGCAAAUAAGGAAAGUGGAGACAAAUUGUUGAAUUUGGAAGAGAUAGAAGUGAACCAGACACAACCUGAAGGGCAAGGAGUGGAGGAGACAGGACAGGAGAAAAUCGAAACUGUUGAAAGACAGGAGGAAAAGAGAGAGCAUAGAGCCAGAGCGAACAGUAUAGACGAUGAAAGAGAUGAGGAAGCAGGCUCUCCCCCAACAGGACAAGCUGAUUUUAAUGAGGAGGAGAAUCUGAGUUUCAUCAGCCGACCGUGGCGCAUGGUUGAUGGCAAGCUGAACCGGCAGGUGUGUAAGGGCAUGCUGGAGGCCAUUCUUUACCACAUCAUGUCCCGGCCCGGACUCACACAGCAGACACUGGUGGAACAUUACAAAGAUGUGCUGCAGCCAAUGGCGGUACUGGACCUCGUGCAGGCGCUUGUAGACAUGGGCUGUGUGACGAAGAGAACUCUGGUGAAAGGUCCUAAACCCUCACUCUUCACCCGCUCGGUGUGCCAGACCAAAAGUGAGACAGAAGUGAAGAUUGAGGAACCAGACGCUGUGUUUUAUGAGCCCACCAUCAGCUGCUCCCUCAGGCUCAGUCAAGUGUUACCCAACGAGCGCCACUGGAACUACUGCAUACAGUGAGAGUAACCGUGGAAGUCACAUGGCCUGUACUGUCCUGGCUCGUCUCUGUUUCACAUCCGUUUCAUUAUCAAGUUUCAGGUAAUCAGGUUCUUUGACAGAUUAAAACUGAUUAGGUUCAUUUCUGGUUUUACAGAACAGAGACUUUUUGUACAUUUUUUUUUUUAUUCAUGAAUUUUUUUCAGUUGUGGAAGUUUUGUUUUUUUUUUGUCUUAA